GGGAGCUCCUGCAUCAGUUCUACCUUCAUCAUGGUGUCAGACAGGUGCACAGAGUGCGAUUUGGGUCUACUUGACUUUUUCAUGUGCUACAGUGGAAAACUCAGAGAUCUGUACAUCUUAAUUUUGGAAAACUUCGUGUCACCUGACGGCGACGCUGGCGGAAAGAAAAGAGCACAGGAUGCCGGCGUGCAUAAUAACACAGAUGAAGCAGUGAUGGGUGAUGAGCCUGGUAUUCCUGUGCACCAGAUUCCUCCCCAGAAUCUGGUGGUCCGCCUGUUUCAUCGUGAAAUUCAUAAAAGCUCACAUUAUCAAGCCCACGCCAACCGUACUUUUUAUCAAAACAUCACCCCAAACUUUACAGUCACAAAUGUUCAGAAGCCUCCAUGCUUCUUGAGGAAGUUCAGUCCUGAUGGCAGAUUCCUGAUAGCAUUUUCAAAUGAUCAGACCAGCAUAGAGAUUUUUCAGUAUAUGGGGCCGUCAGCGGCUGCGGAUAUUCUUCAUUGGUGUGAGAGUGGCACUGUAUUAAAGGAGAAUGGCCCAAAAACACACGAGAUCCGGCGCAACAUAUUUGACAGGUUUUUCCGCCUGAAGCAUACAGUCUCUGUGGCCACCAAUGGGGAGCAGCUGAAUCGCGAGUGUAGUUUGUUUACUGAUGAUGGCAAGUAUGUCAUUGUUGGAUCUGCUUCUGUGGAUGUUGUAAAUAGCAUUGAUCACUUUGACAUGUAUAGGAACAAUGAGUCUGUGACACCAAACCCUCGCUCCCCUUUGGAGGACUACACUCUCCAUAUUGUGGAUAUUGAGAUGGGGAGGUUAACUGACUCAAGAACCUUCAUGCAUGAUAAGAUCUUCCUCUCACAUAACCAAGGUCUGUAUUUAUACAGACAUACCUUGGCUGUUUUAUCGGUCCAACAUCAGACCAUCCAUAUAUUUCAGAUAACUCCAGAUGGGUAUUUUUUGGAUGUACGCACAAUUGGUCGAGUGUGUUAUGAGGAUGAUGAUUACCUGCUAGCAACUGUGUGCACUGAUCGCAUGCAGCGCAGCUACCACCACACACGGGAAAAAAUCAUCAACUCUCUCAAGCACAGGUUGCUGGUCUUCUUAUAUAAGCGAGCAGAAGCUAUCAGCAAGGAAGAGGGAAAUCCUCGUGCACUCAGAGAAUUCUUCCACUAUUUUGACCCUCUUCUGCGUCUUAGAAUGUGGAAAAUGCAACUCCUUGAUGAUGUUCAUUUGCUUAUUAAGUAUGCCUCAGAAGAAGUGGUCACCCUUCGAGCUGCAGAACCUAAUGGCCAGCCUUCGUUCUUUGUGGUAUACAACAUGAUAACCACAGAGGUUCUUGCAGUAUAUGAAAAUACUUCAUCAGAACUCUUGGACCUCUUUGAAAAGAUGGCAGAUUUCUUCCGAAAUGCCAGACUGUCUUGUGAGUCUCAGUUCACUUGCUCUCCCUCAAACAACACCUGGGCAAGAUUGAUUCAUAAACGAUUCAAAAAGACUUUCAUCAAUGCCCGAGGAGGUGGAGUGACAGAAGCUACAAAGAGACUACUUGGACAGCUACCAAUCUCAGCCCAGUCAUUCUCUGCCUCCCCAUACUUGGAUCUGACACACUUUUCUUAUGAUGACAAGUGGGUGUCAGUAAUGGAACGACCCAAGAGCUGUGCUGACCACCCAAUAAGGACUAAAUUUCUUUCAAGGUUUUAUGGGCGAGACUCUGGACUUAUCAAAUUCAGCAUUAAUGCAGGUAGGGCUGUGCUUCCUGGCUCCACUGCACCCUCUCCCUCCACCAGGAGACUUGUGGCAUUCACCUUCCAUCCAGCUGAUCCCUUCACCAUUUCUGUGCAGCGUGCUAAUACUGAUUAUGUGGUUAAUUUUCACCUGAGACACCAGCCCAGCUAACUACAGAGGAACAUCUUCACUUUGGAAGUAGUGGUUUGGGAAAAUUAUGUGUAUGAAUUUUUAAAUCUUAGAAAGUACAUUAUACUACAGGUAUUUAUUUGUACAUUCUCAGCCUUAUAACUAACACAUGAAAGGUGGAGAAACUUAUUCAUAUCUCUUGAAAAUACUGUCACAUAUCAUACACUUGCAUUUUACUUGAUCUUUGCUGAGUAAAUCUGAUCUAUUGGUUGAUAAAGUUUAAACAGUGUAUUGCAUACAUUCAUCAUCAGCAUGAUUUACUCUUCCAAUGAAAACAUGUCCAUUACAUUUUUUAUGAGUCUAUUGGAGGCAUGUUUCAUUUUGCCCAUUUUUACCGCUCUUUGUAAUGUUGACAGGUAGUUUCAAAGUACUACUAUGUGCGGCUGAAAGAACUAUGUCUUGAGUGAUGUUUGAGUGACUACUGCUUGUCUCACAUUACAAUCAUGCUCUUUCUAAGUUUUAAGUAUCUACAUGGGUCGGUGUAGGAUUGGAAUGAUAUCUCAUUCAAACAUACAAGAUUUUUUCAUGGAUUAAUUCAUAUGAUGUCUUCAUGAGAUAAUGAAAAUAAUAUGGAUUAGAAAGAAUGAGUUAAAGCUUGUGCCAUUAUGUACUGGUUGUGUAGUUUCUAACUGACCUUUGCAUAUUUUAUUUCACUAUUAUCAGUCUUCAUCAUCAUUGUCAUCGUUAUCAUCACCAUCAUCAUCUCUUAGUAGAAAUAACUACAUUAAAAGAAAAUGACUUCACACAAUGUAGUGAAAAGUCCAGUAGUGAAUGUUGCCACACAUUAAUGCUUUUCUGUUAACUUUUUUAUUUUACACAUGCAAAUAUUGUGUAUAUAUGUAUUUUUAGUAGUAAUAAGUUAUGUUGUUGAUUUACUACUUGGACUGUGGUCUAAAGAGACUUCUGAUACCUUGUACUUGAUGGAGAUCUAAGCACAAAAAUGAGCUCAGGUUUCUAUCUAUCUAUCUAUUCUGACUUGCAUUGAAGCAUAAUGAAGUACAAACGUGCUAUCUAUCACUUCCACGCGACUGUGUUAAGUAAUUUUACAAUGUACAUGUGAGAGAAGUUCUUGAUGUAAAUAUGACAAAAAUGUACAUUUUUUUAUAUAUAGCUAAAUUUUAUUUCUAUAUAAUGUAAUUAUAUAAUAAUAAAUGUUUGUUAUAGAAAAAA